GACCUCUACUUCCUGUACUAGUAAACAUGGCAGAACGACGCGUUAUGCCCGAUGAUUUAAAGAAUAUUGAAUUCGAAACAAGUGAAGAUGUUGAUGUCACACCCACCUUUGAUCAUAUGGGCCUUCGUGAGGAGUUACUUAGAGGAAUAUAUGCUUAUGGUUUUGAGAAACCAUCUGCCAUCCAACAGAGAGCUGUCAAACCAGUUAUAAAAGGAAGAGAUGUGAUUGCACAAGCUCAAUCUGGAACAGGUAAAACAGCCACAUUCUCCAUCUCUAUUUUACAAUGUUUGGACACGUCUAUCCGGGAAACACAAGCUUUAAUACUUUCACCUACACGAGAGCUGGCUGUACAAAUUCAGAAAGUUAUUCUGGCUUUGGGUGACUACAUGAGUGUCCAGUGCCAUGCCUGCAUCGGUGGGACCAAUGUUGGUGAAGACAUCCGAAAACUAGACUAUGGACAACAUGUAGUGUCUGGAACUCCAGGCAGAGUCUUUGAUAUGAUAAAAAGACGCAAUCUGCGCACUAGAUCCAUAAAGAUGUUGGUACUGGAUGAGGCUGAUGAAAUGCUCAAGAAAGGGUUCAAGGAACAGAUCUAUGAUGUGUACAGAUACCUACCACCUGCCACACAAGUUGUUUUAAUCUCUGCUACACUUCCUCAUGAAAUCCUGGAAAUGACCAAUAAAUUUAUGACUGAUCCCAUUCGAAUUUUGGUCAAACGUGAUGAGUUGACUUUGGAAGGCAUAAAACAGUUCUUUGUUGCUGUAGAGAGAGAGGAAUGGAAAUUUGACACACUCUGUGAUUUGUAUGACACACUAACCAUCACACAAGCCGUCAUAUUCUGCAAUACAAAGAGAAAGGUGGACUGGCUGACAGACAAGAUGAGAGAGGCCAACUUCACAGUGUCAUCCAUGCACGGUGACAUGCCACAAAAAGAGAGGGAGACAAUUAUGAAAGAGUUCAGAUCUGGUGGCAGUCGUGUUUUGAUAACUACAGAUGUUUGGGCCAGAGGAAUAGAUGUCCAGCAAGUCUCACUAGUUAUCAAUUAUGAUCUCCCAAAUAGCAGAGAGUUGUACAUUCACAGGAUUGGCAGAUCAGGUCGUUUUGGACGUAAAGGUGUUGCAAUCAACUUUGUUAAGAAUGAUGAUAUCAGGAUUCUCCGAGACAUUGAACAAUACUACGCAACACAGAUUGAUGAGAUGCCCAUGAAUGUUGCUGAUUUGAUCUGAGGCAGAAGUCCUGAUGAGCUGAGGUGUGGCCUAAUGUAUGCGCAGACUUGUUUUGAGAACUGAAGUGACAAUGAUUACGUCUGUUAGAAAAUUUCAUUUCUUUUGGAGCUACUUUUGUAUUGAUGUAGAGCAUUGAACUAGUUUCUGUUAUAAAAAAAUAGUUAAGGAACAAUCAUAACAUCAAGUUAUGAUAGAAAUACAAUGAUCAGUUUGACUUUAUUUCAAAGCAAAAUUAUUUGUUCCAUUUGAUAUUCUUCGGCUAAGUUUAUUUCAUUUAUAUUGUUUUAAACAGAUGUGUAUCUUAUUGAAGUCAAACAAAAACAGUUUCUAGAAACUUUCUUUAGUUUUAAAAAAAUUCACUUUAUGUCUGAAUAAAACUCUAUUUAUUCCUUGACACAAAACAGUUCUGUGCUCCUGUAAUAUAAAAUGUUUGCAAUGUCACUUUAAAAUUGCAUUGUUUUAAUAAAUGUUUUUAUUUUAAAUUUA